AGAAGAAAGAGAAGAAAAGUCACACUUUCCUCCCUUCUUCCUUUGGCUUUCCCGUUGCUGCUGUGCUGUGCUGACAAUAAAAAGGGCCACCCCUUUCUCCCUCAUCUUCAUUCUUCGCUCAAUCGAGGUCUUCUCGAUUUCCUUCUCUACAACACAACGCUCUCUUCUCUUGCAACCAAAAUACUUGUUCCAGUGUCUACUCUACUCAUAAAGGAUUUGGGACAUCAUGUGCAGUGAUUCGAAAAGUAAACUUUCUUCCCCAACCCUCGUCGUCAUGGAGAAUAGUAACAUUCAGAAGCAGAAUCUGGAUGGUCUCUACAACUCGGUUUUGCUUGAAUUGUCUGCAUCUGAUGAUUAUGAAGCUUUCAAAAGAGAGGUGGAGGAAAAAGGCUUAGAUGUGAACGAGGCAGGCUUUUGGUACGGUAGAAGAAUUGGGUCAAAGAAGAUGGGAUCUGAAACGAGGACCCCUCUGAUGAUUGCUUCUUUGUUUGGAAGCGCUAAGGUGCUCAAUUAUAUUCUUCUUCAGAAAGGAGGAGGUGUUGAUGUGAACAGGGUCUGUGGUUCUGAUAGGGCCACUGCUCUCCAUUGUGCUGUUGCUGGUGGCUCCGAAUCCUCACUUGAGAUUGUCAAGCUCUUGCUUGAUGCUGGGGCUGAUGCUGAGUGCCUUGAUGCGAGUGGCAACAAGCCGGUUAAUCUGAUUGCUCCUGCCUUUGAUUCUUUGUCCAAAUCGCGAAGGAAGGCUUUGGAGAUGUUCCUCAGGGGUGGUGGGGAAAGAGAUGAACUCAUGAGCCAGGAGAUGGAGCUACAGAUGUUUUCUGUUCCAGAGAAAAAAGAAGGAAGUGAUAAUAAGAAAGAAUACCCUGUUGAUAUAUCGCUGCCUGACAUCAACAACGGUGUAUAUGGAACAGAUGAGUUUAGGAUGUACAACUUCAAGGUGAAGCCUUGCUCAAGGGCUUACUCCCAUGACUGGACUGAGUGUCCAUUCGUUCAUCCAGGGGAGAAUGCGAGGAGGAGAGACCCACGGAAAUACCCUUACAGCUGUGUUCCUUGCCCUGAGUUUCGCAAAGGGACCUGCCAGAAGGGUGAUUCCUGCGAGUAUGCUCAUGGUGUUUUUGAGUCCUGGCUACAUCCCGCCCAAUACCGGACAAGGCUUUGCAAGGAUGAGACGGGCUGUGCUAGAAAAGUAUGCUUCUUUGCUCACAAACCUGAAGAGCUACGCCCUGUGUAUGCUUCCACUGGGUCGGCUAUGCCAUCACCAAAAUCCUAUUCAGCUAGUGGACUUGACAUGACAGCGAUGAGUCCAUUGGCUCUUAGUUCCACAUCUUUGCCGAUGCCAACUGUUUCAACCCCACCCAUGUCUCCCUUGGCAGUAGCUUCAUCUCCCAAGAGUGGAAGCAUGUGGCAGAACAAAAUAAACCUUACUCCACCAUCGUUGCAGCUCCCUGGUAGCCGACUGAAGGCUGCUUUGAGUGCCAGGGAUCUGGAGAUGGAGAUGGAACUGCUCGGUCUAGAAAGCCCUGCUCGCCAACAACAGCAGCAGCAGCAACAAUUGAUCGAAGAGAUUGCCAGGAUCUCUUCCCCAUCUUUCCGGAGCAAGGAAUUCAAUAGGAUUGUUGAUUUGAAUCCUACUAACCUUGAUGACCUGUUAGCAUCUGCUGACCCUUCUGUAUUUUCUCAACUACAUGGACUUUCUGUGCAACCUUCAACACCCACACAAAGUGGGCUUCAGAUGCGCCAAAACAUGAACCACCUCCGUGCGAGUUAUCCAUCCAACAUCCCUUCCUCUCCUGUGAGGAAGCCCUCAGCUUUUGGGUUUGACUCAUCAGCUGCUGUGGCAACUGCAGUGAUGAAUUCUAGGUCUGCUGCCUUCGCAAAGCGAAGCCAAAGUUUCAUUGAUCGUGGAGCUGCAACCCACCAUCUUGGGCUGUCUUCAGCUUCCAACUCUUCUUGCAGGGUAUCCUCUACCCUUUCAGAUUGGAGUUCCCCUACCGGGAAACUGGAUUGGGGUGUAAACGGAGACAAGCUGAACAAGCUGAGGAAAUCUACUUCCUUUGGAUUCAGAAACAGUGGGGUAACUGCAUCCCCCAUAGCACAGCCUGAAUUUGGUGCUGAGCCGGAUGUCUCAUGGGUUCAUUCAUUGGUUAAAGAUGUUCCCUCCGAGAGGUCUGAGAUAUUUGGUGCUGAGAAGCAACAAUAUGAUCUCAGUAAAGAGAUGCUUCCACCAUGGAUGGAGCAGCUGUAUAUAGAGCAGGAGCAGAUGGUAGCAUGAGCUAGGGCUGCCAUGGCAAUGCUUCUUGGUUAUUCUGACAAAGUUUAUUUAUUUAUUUAAUUAUUUUAUUCAUUUGAAAUGCUUCUACUAUCCAAUAUUACACAAUAUUAUUAGGGAUAGGAUGACAUAUGUUGCAAAGAACAAAGUUCAGGUUAAUCCAGAGAUUCAAACGGGAGUUCCAACUUCUAGAUCAGGGAAGACUUGGAGAAACGUUGAACAAAGGAUGCUGAAUUUUUUUUAUUGUAUAAUAUAAAUUUAUAACCCCCUUUUCUCUACCGAUGGAUGUAUUUUCUCUGGCAAGUGGACCCCAAAGUGGUUGUCAUUGAUUAAGCAGCACAAUUCUUUUUUAUAUAAAAUUGUUAUGCCAUUUGAUCAAUGCUUAUCCAUCAUUAUUAGAAGUACUUUCAAGGAAA